UCCUAGAGCUCCUGAUCGCCGCCAGUAGACGAGAAGGGGACCACUAACCGCUCUAUGCGUUGGGAACAUAUCACUGAAUAAUAACGGACUCGCCGCUUCCAGCCCUCCACUUGCAGCAAAACGACGUUUUAGUAGCAUAAGGGAGUGAACGUUUCGACGUUAACGGCUCGGUCUUGUAAAAUAGCCUACUGUAUUUGAUUUAUAACAGGAUGGUUUCCCUUAGCAGCUCCCUGCUUGGAUAACGUUAACAAUGUGCUGUUCUGAUUCUCUGGAAAAUGGGUCUCCCAUUCCUAACAGAGCUUUCUUGUAUUUGAAAGUGGAUGAUUGACUGUACAGGAAGUGAAUGCUAGACCAGUCACUGAUCUCACACUGUCAACAGCAGAAGAGCAGAUGGAUGUAGUUAUCUGGCCAUCGUUAAAUUGACAUCCUGGAUUGUGUACCACAGUGGAAUUACCAUACUACUGGUCAGCAGACGAGUAAUGGACAUGCACAAGGAUUCCUCAUCUAUGGAUUUCAAUGGAGUGAUUUUUGUCUGACCAAAAAAUUUUCUAUAGAAGGCCAAGGCUUUCCCUACAAAAUAAUAAGGAGCUAAUAUUCUGGUCACAUUUUUACUGAGAUGUUAUUGUUUUCCAACGGCUUGAAGUGGAGCCUGUAAUUGUGAUGAAGACACGGCCUGUUUCUGUUCAUCAGAGGAACCCAGUGUUCAUCCUGUUAUAGCCAAGAAAUCUCCAGGGGAGGAAUUCUUCUCAGACAUCCCUUGGAAAUCCGAAUUUUCAAUAAGGGGCUUCUCUGUUUUUCGCUUCCCUGAAAAUUUCAUUUUUGUCUACCACUACACCAUGUAUCUAUCGAUGCAGAAGAACUUCAGGGCAUUUACUGUGUUAGCCUUUAUUGUAACUUUCACCAUGUUCCUCUUCAGUUUCACGUUGAGAGAUCCCUCUCUGUACUUUUUCAAAUAUGCCAUACGCAAGUCAGACAGCUUCUUCUCUAAUGGCCAGUGUGGCUGUCGAGAGUGUAUGACAGAGCUGGAGGACGACCCCUGGUUCACUGAGCGGUUCAACCUGUCAGUCCACCCUCUGAUGUCUAGGAGGAACAGCCUGCUGACUAACGACACAUACCACUGGUGGCAGCGGUUGCAGGGACAGAAGGACCCGGCCAACUUCGGCGAGGUGGUGGAGAAGUUGUUCCAGGUCAUCCCUGAUGAUGACGACCUCUACAAGGACGCGGGGCCUGAGCGCUGUAGGACCUGUGCUGUGGUGGGGAAUUCUGGGAACCUCAAGGGCUCCCGCUACGGACCCCUCAUCGACUCCAGUGAUGUCAUCAUCAGAAUGAACAUGGCUCCUACCUCUGGCUUUGAGGAGGAUGUUGGGAGCCGGACCACGCUUCACGUCAUGUACCCAGAGAGCGCCAUAGAUCUGGACAACACCACCAGUCUUCUGCUCAUCCCCUUCAAGACUCUGGACCUGCAGUGGAUCACCAGUGCCUUGACCACCGGCUCCAUCAACAAAACAUACUUUCCUGUCCGGUCCAGGAUUAAGGCAAACAAGAACAGGGUGCUGAUAUACAGCCCAACCUUCUUUAAAUAUGUCUAUGACACAUGGCUGGAGCGUCAUGGCCGGUAUCCCUCCACUGGCUUCCUCAGCCUAUUGUUCGCCGUGCAUAUCUGCGAUAAGGUGAAUGUGUACGGGUUCGGAGCGGACCGGUAUGGGAACUGGCACCACUACUGGCAAAAGAAUUACCACGGAGGCGAAUUCCGCAAAACUGGGGUGCAUGAUGCAGACCAUGAGCACAACGUCACCAUGCUUCUGGCUGACAAACACAAGAUCAAUAUUUUCAAAGGCUUCUGAUAUCUGGAGAUGUCAUUGGCCUGAGACCAUCAAGCCUCAUCAGCCUAAAUCCUGUCGACUCAGGGAUUACCCACUGGGGAUAAACUGGUUGAAAUAACAUUGUUUCAACGGAAUUUGUCUAUGUAUCAUGAUGUGGAAUGCAUGUGUAAAAUGUAUUGGAUUUUCAAAACGUAAUCAAUGUAAACGAUUGUUUUGAGGGUGAAAUUUCAACCAGGACUAUGUCAUGGUAACCUAUUUUUAAGACACAACUUAUAUAAAAUGUUACAUUUGUAUCUUUUUGUAACAAUGUCAGAUCUUUAAUGUUAUAUUGCGCUAAGCUGACAUGGAAUUGUUUUAGACGGUCAUACUAUGAAUCCCUUAGCUAUUUGAUUUAGAAUUUUAGAACUCCUUUAGGUAUAACAACAUUUGAUCAUUUGAUAAAUGAUUGAUUUUGGCCUUUACUACUAAAGCACAUUGAUAAAUGGCAAAAAGUAACAAAAUAAAUCAUAAGAAACAAGGUUUUGAAGUGUCUGUCAUAAACCUGGGAUAUAUAAGAAUGUAUAUAUAUUUUUUUUUGUGUGUAUAUAUUUAUAUGUACUAAAGAGUGCACGUUCAAGAUCGCAGGUCUGUGGACCGCUUCACAAUUUCUACAAUAAACAGAUUUGAUCACUUGCA